AUGGGAAACUCGGAGGAACCGCCCGCGCUUGCCAUUCCGUACAAAGAAGGAGUAAGAGGCGAAAAAUGGAGCCGGAGUCGGAGCAAGAGCCGGAGUCGGAGCAAGAGCCGGAGUAAGAGCCGGAGUCGGAGCAAGAGCCGGAGUCGGACCGGAGCCAGAGCCGAAAGCCGGAGCCGGAGUCGGAGCAAGAGCCGGAGUCGGAGCAAGAGCCGGAGUAAGAGCCGGAGUCGGAGCAAGAGCAGGAAUCGGAGUAACAAAGCCGAAAGCCGGAGCCGGAGUCGGAGCAAGAGUCGGAGUAAGAGCCGGAGUCGGAGCAAGAGCCGGAGUAAGAGCCGGAGUCGGAGCAAGAGCCGGAGUCGGAGUAACAAAGCCGAAAGCCGGAGCCGGAGUCGGAGCAAGAGCCGGAGUCGGAGCAAGAGCCGGAGUAAGAGCCGGAGUCGGAGCAAGAGCCGGAGUAAGAGCCGGAGUCGGAGCAAGAGCCGGAGUCGGACCGGAGCCAGAGCCGAAAGCCGGAGCCGGAGUCGGAGCAAGAGCCGGAGUAAGAGCCGGAGUCGGAGCAAGAGCCGGAGUAAGAGCCGGAGUCGGAGCAAGAGCCGGAGUAAGAGCCGGAGUCGGAGCAAGAGCCGGAGUCGGAGUAACAAAGCCGAAAGCCGGAGUCGGAGCAAGAGCCGGAGUAAGAGCCGGAGUCGGAGCAAGAGCCGGAGUAAGAGCCGGAGUCGGAGCAAGAGCCGGAGUCGGAGUAACAAGUGCACUGCCGGCGAAAGUGGAGCCGGAGCCAGAGCCGAAAGCCGGAGCCGGAGUCGGAGCAAGAGCCGGAGUAAGAGCCGGAGUCGGAGCAAGAGCCGGAGUAAGAGCCGGAGUCGGAGCAAGAGCCGGAGUAAGAGCCGGAGUCGGAGCAAGAGCCGGAGUCGGAGUAACAAGUGCACUGCCGGCGAAAGUUGGAGCCGGAGCCAGAGCCGAAAGCCGGAGUCGGAGCAAGAGCCGGACCGGAGCCGGAGUCGGAGCAAGAGCCGGAGUAAGAGCCGGAGUCGGAGCAAGAGCCGGAGUAAGAGCCGGAGUCGGAGCAAGAGCCGGAGUAAGAGCCGGAGUCGGAGCAAGAGCCGGAGUAAGAGCCGGAGUCGGAGCAAGAGCCGGAGUAAGAGCCGGAGUCGGAGCAAGAGCCGGAGUCGGAGUAACAAGUGCACUGCCGGCGAAAGUUGGAGCCGGAGCCAGAGCCGAAAGCCGGAGCCGGAGUCGGAGCAAGAGCCGGAGUCGGAGCAAGAGCCGGAGUAA